AUGCCUUUCCACCUCUAUUUCAGGGGUGAGAUCACGCAUUUCCAACUCUAUUUCAGGCCAGAGAUCACGGAUUUCCACCUCUAUUUCAGGGGUGAGAUCACGCCUUUCCACCUCUAUUUCACGACUGAGAUCACGCCGUUCCCACUGUACUUCAGGCGUGAGAUCAGCCUUUCCAAAUCUAUUUCAGGUCUGAGCCUGCCUUUCCAACUCUACUUCACGCCUGAGGUCACGCCUUUCCCACUCUAUUUCAGGUCUGAGCACUCCUUUUCCAACUCUACUUCACGCCUGAGGUCACGCCUUUCCCCUCUAUUUCAGGUCUGUGCACUCCUUUCCAACUCUACUUCACGCCUGAGGUCACGCCUUUCCCACUCUAUUUCAGGCCUGAGGUCACGCCUUUCCAACUCUACUUCACGCCUGGUCACGCCUUUCCAACUCUACUUCACGCCUGAGGUUACGACUUUCCCACUCUAUUUCAGCUCUUUUUCAGCACUCCUUUUCCAACUCUACUUCACGCCUGAGGUCACGCCUUUCCCAUUCAUUUCAGGCCUGAGGUCACGCCUUUCCAACUCUACUACAAGCGUGAGCUCCGCCUUCCCCUCUAUUUCAGGCCUGAGGUCACGCUUUUCCAACUCUACUUCACGCCUGAGGUCACGACUUCCCCACUCUAUUUCAGGCCUGAGCACGCCUUUCCAACUCUACUUCACGCCUGAGGUCACGCCUUUCCAACUCUAUUUCAGGUCUGAGCCUCCUUUCCAACUCUACUUCACGCCUGAGGUCACGCCUUUCCCACUCUAUUUCAGGUCUGAGCCUCCUUUCCAACUCUACUUGAAGCCUGAGGUCACGCCUUUCCCACUCUAUUUCAGGUCUGAUCACGCCUUUUCCAACUCUACUUCAAGACUGAGGUCACGCCUUUCCCACUCUAUUUCAGGUCUGAGCACUCCUUUCCAACUCUACUUCACGCCUGAGGUCACGCCUUCCCCCUCUAUUUCAGGUCUGAGCACUCCUUUCCAACUCUACUUGAAGCCUGAGGUCACGCCUUUCCCACUCUAUUUCAGGUCUGAGCCUGCCUUUCCAACGCUACUUCACGCCUGGAGGUCACUUUCCCACUCUAUUUCAGGUCUGAGCACGCCUUUCCAACUCUACUUCACGCCUGAGGUCACGCCUUUCCCUCUAUUUCAGGUCUCAACACGCCUUUCCAACUCUACUUCACGCCUGAGUUCACGCCUUUCCCAAUCUAUUUCAGGUCUGAGCCUGCCUUUCCAACUCUACUUCACGCCUGAGGUCACGCCUUUUCCCACUCUAUUUCAGGUCAGAGCACGCCUUUCCAGCUCUACUUCACGCCUGAGGUCACGCCUUUCCAACUCUACUUCACGCCUGAGGUCACGCCUUUCCAACUCUAUUUCAGGUCUGAGCACGCCUUUCCAAUUCUGCUUCACGCCUGAGGUCACGCCUUUCCACUUUAUUUCAAGUCAGCCUGCCUUUUCCAACUCUACUUCACGCCUGAGGUCACGCAUUUCCCACUCUAUUUCAGGUCUGAGCCUGCCUUUCCAACGCUACUUCACGCCUGAGGUCACGCCUUUCCCACUCUAUUUCAGGCCUGAGGUCACGCCUUUCAACUCUACUUCACGCCUGAGGUCACGCCUUUCCAACUCUACUUCACGCCUGAGGUCACGCCUUUCCCUCUCUAUUUCAGGCCUGAGGUCACGCCUUUCCAACUCUACUUCACGCCUGAGGUCACGACUUCCCCCUAUUUCAGGCCUGAGCACGCCUUUCCAACUCUACUUCACGCCUGAGGUCACGCCUUUCCCUCUAUUUCAGGUCUCAACACGCCUUUCCAACUCUAGGUUCACGCCUUUCCCAAUCUAUUUCAGGUCUGAGCCUGCCUUUUCCAACUCUACUUCACGCCUGAGGUCACGCCUUUCCCAACUCUAUUUCAGGUCUGAGCACGCCUUUUCCAACUCUACUUUACGCCUGAGGUCACGCCUUUCCAACUCCUUCACGUCUGAGGUCCACGCCUUUCCCUCUAUUUCAGGCCUGAGGUCACGCCUUUCCAACUCUACUUCACGCCUGAGGUCACGCCUUUCCAACUCUACUUCACGCCUGAGGUCACGCCUUUCCCUCUCUAUUUCAGGUCUGAGCACUCCUUUCCAACUCUACUUCACGCCUGAGGUCACGCCUUUCCCACUCUAUUUCAGGUCUGGCACCCCUUCCAACUCUACUUCACGCCUGAGGUCACGCCUUUCCCCUCUAUUUCAGGGUUUCGUUCCCUUCCAUCUAUCUAUCUAUCUAUCUAUCUAUCUAUCUAUCUAUCUCCUUGUUUAUCUAUCUAUCUAUUUUGUCUAUCUCUCUAUUUGUUUCUUUGUUUAUCUAUCUAUCUAUCUAUCUAUCUAUCUAUCUAUCUAUCUAUCUAUCUAUCUGUUUCUUUGUUUAUCUAGCUUUUUGUCUAUCUAUCUAUCUAUCUAUAUAUAUAUCUAUCUAUCUGUUUCCUUGUUUAUCUAUCUAUCUAUCUAUCUAUUUUUGUCUAUCUAUCUAUUUUUUUCUUUGUCUAUCUAUCUAUCUAUCUAUCUAUCUAUCUAUCUAUCUAUCUAUUUCUUUGUUUAUCUAGCUUUUUGUCUAUUUAUCUAUCUAUCUAUCUAUCUGUCUGUUUCCUUGUUUAUCUAUCUAUAUAUUUUUGUCUAUCUAUCUAUUUGUUUCUUUGUUUAUCUAUCUAUCUAUCUAUCUAUCUAUCUAUCUAUCUAUCUAUCUAUCUAUGCAUAUGUGGGCGUGCGUUAA